GGCGUCCCUUGUCAGUAACGCUCAUUUGAGGGAUCCCGUUCCAGGCGUUCAGUAGCGAGAACGCACUGCCGAAGAGUUACUUUCGAAUCAUAUCUGCUUAUACUCUGAUACUCUCUCACACACAUUCGACAGACACACCAUCAUGGGGCAGUGGAACUCUACCCCCUCUGAAAUAGACGGGGACAAGCCCUUCCUCAUGUACAAGGAGCAACUGCAGCAGGAGCGAAUGAUGGAGCUGCAGAACCAGUGGUUGGAGCGGACAAAUGCCAUGGAGAUAGCCUGGUCCAGGGAGUUCGUCAGAUACUACGGAGCCUUCUGCGCAGUCUCCACCGUGGGGCUCUGUGUGGGUGCCUUUCAGAGGAGGAGGCUGGUCCUGCUGGCGCCACUGGUCCCCCUGGGUUGCGUGCUGACCUACCAGCUGGACCAGGUCUACGGCACCCUGCGGGGCCGGGUCAGAGGUGAGGCCGCUCCCUUGGUCCUCCCGCCACGGGUAGGAGGCAGAGAGACUCAUGGGGUCAGAGCGAGCCAAACUGGGCCCACCAGGAGGGCACCUGACCUUCCAGGCCCUAGAGGACAUCCGUAAGGCCAGACCCAACGCACUCCGUGCAUGGCCUAUCCCUCAUGAUCACCCUGUCUUCCGGAAUCUGCCCACUCCACCACUUGAUGCUAAAGAUCCUGAUGUCAGUUGCGGCCAUUUUACUAAAUAAUCGUCUGAUGUCGUCUGGCAUCGUAAAGAAUAACCACUCUUAUGUUUUACAUUUGCACUAUCAAACUCAAAUAAAUAAGCAAUAAAAUAUAUUUUCCAGUUAUUAA